UUCUAUAGCAAUUUCCCCCAACCCAACCCAAACCAAAGUGUUGUUGAAGAAGCUAUGGAAGGCUCAAUCAAGUGUUCUGCCAACUGCGUUCCUUUAACUCCCAUCAGCUUCUUGGAACGCGCCGCGCUUAUCUACCCAGACUCCGUCUCCGUCGUCCACGGUGAUGUCAAGUAUACCUGGAAACAAACUCGCCAGAGGUGCGUUCGCCUGGCUUCUGCGCUUUCCCAACUCCGAAUCUCCCGUCGAGAUGUGGUUGCUGUAUUAGCCCCAAAUGUUCCAGCAAUUUAUGAGCUUCAUUUUGGUGUUCCAAUGGCUGGGGCAGUUCUAUGUACACUCAAUAUACGACAUGAUUCCCCUAUGGUGGCAAUGUUAUUGAAGCAUUCGGAAGCCAAAGCCCUUUUUGUAGAUUACCAAUUCCUCCAUAUUGCUCGGGGAGCGUUGAAAAUACUAUCCGAGACGAACAAUAAGCUGCCCCGACUGGUCUUGAUUUCGGAUCAUGACCAGCAAGUUCCCUCCGGCAGCAACACCAAAUCUACAUCUGCAAACUUGGACUAUGACAGUCUUUUAGAAAUGGGGAAACUAGAUUUUGAGAUCAGAAGACCGGAAGAUGAGUGGGAACCUAUCUCACUUAAUUAUACUUCUGGCACGACAUCGAGUCCGAAGGGUGUUAUUUUUAGCCACCGAGGUGCCUAUCUCAAUUCUCUAGCAGCGAUUCUUCUCAAUGAGAUGACCUCGAUGCCUGUGUAUUUAUGGUGUGUUCCCAUGUUUCAUUGCAAUGGAUGGUGUCUGACAUGGGGAAUUGCUGCUCAAGGUGGUACAAAUGUAUGCAUAAGAAAUGUCACUGCGGGCGGAAUAUUUAGUAAUAUUGCUAAGCACAAGGUGACUCACAUGGGUGGUGCACCUACGGUUUUGAACAUGAUAAUCAACGCACCAGCUAGCGACCGAAGGCGUCUUCCAGGGAAGGUUGUGGUCAUGACGGGAGCUGCACCGCCACCCCCUAAUGUACUUUACAAAAUGGAAGAAUUGGGAUUUAGAGUGAUUCACUCAUAUGGCCUGACUGAAACAUAUGGUCCAGGAACAGUUUGCACUUGGAAACCAGAAUGGGAUUCUCUGCCUCGACACGAACAGGCUAAGAUAAAGUCUAGGCAGGGGUUGAAUCAUCUCGGUAUCGAGGAAGUCGAUGUUAAAGAUCCCGUUACCAUGAAGAGCAUGCCACCGGAUGCAAAAACUAUAGGUGAGGUUAUGUUUAGAGGCAACACUGUCAUGAAUGGAUACCUCAAGAACUUAAAAGCAACAGAGGAUGCCUUCAAAGGAGGAUGGUUCCGAAGUGGGGACUUGGCAGUGAGACACCCUGAUGGUUACAUAGAACUCAAGGACCGGUUGAAGGACAUAAUCAUCUCCGGGGGAGAAAAUAUUAGCUCCAUCGAAGUCGAAUCGGUGCUUUAUAGCCAUCCAGCAGUGGUAGAGGCAGCUGUGGUGGCAAGACCAGAUGAUCACUGGGGGGAGACACCUUGUGCAUUUGUGAAGUUGAAGGACGGAUACAGAACCAGUGCCGACGAAAUUAUCAAGCAUUGUCGAGACAACCUGCCACAUUACAUGGCUCCUCGAACGGUGAUUUUUGAGGAUUUGCCGAAGACUUCGACCGGAAAGACACAGAAAUAUGUUCUACGAGAGAAGGCCAAGGCAUUAGGAAGCAUUUCGAAGAAUAAGAGCAAACUGUAGGAGAGAACUUUGUGGAGGAAUCAAGUGCUCAAGAUUUUAUUUAAAAUGGAAGGAAUUUGGACGAAUUGUAUUUUGGUUUGAUUUUGGGAACGACAACAUAAUAUUGGGAA